AUGGCCUCGAGCGUCCCCUCGGAGAUCCCCGCGAUCGCGACGGAGCUCGUGGACUACCUCAACGCGUCGUGGACGUCCUUCCACGCGACGUCGGAGUCGUCGCGGAUGCUCGCCGCGGCCGGGUUCGAGCGCCUGAGCGAGAAGGAGUCGUGGGAUCUGAAGCCCGGGGGCAAAUAUUUCUUCACGAGAAACAUGAGCUCGAUCGUCGCGUUCGCCGUCGGGGAAAAGUACGCGCCCGGGAACGGGUUCAACAUCAUCGGCGCGCACACGGACUCGCCGUGCCCGAAGCUGAAGCCGGUCAGCGCGAUCAAGAAGGGCGGGUUCUUGAGCGUCGGCGUGCAGACGUACGGCGGCGGGCUGUGGCACACGUGGUUCGACCGCGACCUGAGCGUGGGCGGGAAGGUUCUGCUUCGUCGCGCGUCCGCGAAGGGCCGGCUGAGUCACGAGCUCGUGCGCGUGGACCGGCCGAUCAUUCGCAUCCCGACGCUCGCGAUCCACCUCGACCGGAACGUGAACACGGAGGGGUUCAAGCCCAACACGGAGACGCAGUUCGCGCCCGUGCUCGCGACCGCGAUUCGCGGCGAGCUCGAGCAGGAGACGGCGAAGAAGAAGAAGAAGAAGAAACCCGCGCACCACCCGCUGCUCCUCGCCGUCCUCGCGGAGGAACUGAACUGCGACCCGGACGAGAUCGUGGACUUCGAGCUCGAGGUGUGCGACACGCAGCCGUCCGUCAUCGGCGGCGCGGCGAGGGAGUUCAUAUACUCGGGAAGGUUGGAUAACCUCGCGUCGUCGUUCUGCGCGUUGAAGGCGCUGUUGCACGCGGGCGGCGGCGACGGCGACCUCGAGAACGAGACCGGCGUGCGCAUGAUCGCGCUGUUCGACAACGAGGAAGUCGGCUCCGACUCCACCGCGGGCGCGGGCGGUACCAUGGUCGCGGACACGGUGAAUCGAACCGCGCGCGCGCUGUGCGGCGGCGCCGACGCAGCCGAGGGACUCGUCGAGCGCACGCUUCGCCGGUCGUUCCUCGUCAGCGCGGACAUGGCGCACGCGCUGCAUCCCAACUACAUGGAUAAGCACGAGAGUAAUCACUCGCCGAAGAUGCACGCGGGCGUCGUCGUGAAGCACAACGCGAACCAGCGGUACGCGACGACGGCGACGACGGCGACGUUGUUCCGCGAGUGCGCGGCGAAGGAGGGGAUCCCGACGCAGGACUUCGUCGUUCGAAACGACAUGGGGUGCGGCAGCACGAUCGGGCCGAUCCUGAGCACGAACCUCGGCGUGCGGACCGUGGACGUCGGCGUCCCGCAGCUGUCGAUGCACAGCGUCAGGGAGAUGUGCGGCACGGAGGACAUCGACGUGUGUUUCCGACACUUCCGCGCGUUUUUCGAUCACUUCGCGGAGAUCGACGCGAACGCCGACGACGGCGAUUGA